AUUGGGAAUAUCGGAAGCGGUCAAUUUAAUUUUGCGACGUGACCUUUGGUUUAUUAUGAUUUCAGCCUUUCUUCGUUCACAGUUGGAUGUCCCAUUAUAUUGCUUAUGGCUCAUCGCUGUGGCUUUUCUAUGUGAUCUAAACAAAGUCUGUGGUGCUAACUUAGAUGAUGAUUUCGCAGAGUUUGAGGAUCCAGAUGAUUCUUUUACUGCUGAUAUCACUGGAUCUGUUCCUAUCCAAUCAGCCCGUCAACACAAAGCUGAGAGUGUCGAUAAAAAUAUUUCAGAAAAUCGUUUCUCUCUAAACACUGGGAUCGAUCGUGAUGAUGAAGCAGUCUUUCACACAACUAAAUCACCAACUGAUGGAGCAACCGUAGAGGAUAGCGAAUUAGAGGAAGAGUCUGAGGACAUGAGACUUGACGAUGAUGAAGAGUUUGAGGGUUUGUCACCCAAUCAACCAAUUCUAAAUACCGAUAAAACAAAAAAUGGUAAACGAAAUCUGAUAAUUGCAAAGGUUCCACAUCAUCUUACUCGUUCAUGGGACAACUUUCAUUUGGAAAUGCUUUUUGUACUAGCCUUAAUGAUAUAUACGUUGAAUUUUUUAAUUGGACGUUCCAAAAAUGCACAGUUGGCAAACACUUGGUUUUCUGCUCAUCAGCCAUUAUUAGAAACUAAUUUUGCCGUAGUUGGUGACGAUGGUCUAGCUGAACCUGGAACUGGGACAUUAAUGAAGGAAUCAGAACAUUUAUAUUCUCUUUGGUGUACUGGAAGUGUACACUGUGAUGCAAUGCUAAUUGAAUUGCGUUUAGUCAAGCGUCAAUGUUUAUUCUUCGCAAUUGCUAACUGGAUAAGACCGGUUCAUGAUAGCAUUGUAGUGAAAGUUAUUAUGGACGAUUCUGAAAUGGAUGGAUGGGUCAUGGCUGUUGGUCGUAAGCGUCGUCUUCAAGCAUUAGCAAAAGAUCAUCAAGAUUUAGCUGUAUACUGUCCAGACAAACGUGGACAACGACAUUCAUACCUGCCAGAAUCUUUCAUGUUUUUAAAUGAGAUUCCAGAAGUUGUCCCGGCAAUUUUCAAUCCUCUUGUUUGUAAAUUUCUGAAUGAUUUUGAAGAAUCAAUCGAAUAUUUAUUUUUCUCCGAUCAGUAUAGUGGACCGAAACCUCCUCAAGAGGAUACAAAUACUCCCGCAAAACCUCCAGUUACACAGAAAGCGCUUAUUUUUGCUUUCAGAUAUGUUCCAACAACAGCAAAAUCAAAAUCUUUCUCAACAUCACUUACAUCAUCAAAUAAUAAUGCUAAUGGUAAUCUUAAUAUUCAUAAUCAGCAACCAAUCGAAUCGGCCACAGCCUUAUUCCAUUUUAUUUUCUAUGUUAUUGAGAAAGUUCGGCGAUUUCGUCUUAGUAAAGAGGGCAAGGCUAAAUCUGAACGAAAUAGGCAACGUGCACAUGAUUCACAUCUUAAGUUAAUGCACAGCCAACGACAAGAAGCAGCUCAAAACCGUCGUGGUGAACGCCUACGAGCUGCUAAGGAGCGUAUAAUGGCUGAGGAUGAUCCUGAGAAAGCUCGAAAGCUUGAGGAGAAAGAACAACGUAAGGAGAAAUCAAAGAAAAUGCCAAAAAUGAAAAUGCUCAAAAUGAAAUAGUAGCAGCAGUAGUAGUAGUAGUAUUAGUUGCCGACAUUCACAAAAGAUAAUAUCAUCAUACUAGAGAAGUGAAGAAUGUUUAGGAAAAAAACAGCUCGAAGUUUGGAUGGUACUAUUAAUCGAUAACAAUACAAACACCACACCCAAAUCAACCUAAUAUCUAACCUAACUCAAAAAUUUUGUCCGGCUAGUCGUUGUUAUUUUUAUUAUAUUUUAGUGUUCGUCCCAUUUAUCAACAAAACCCCCCACCAUUGUCUUUUUGUCCUUCUGUUCUAAAAAUUCAUCUCAUUCGUUUUUUUUGUUAGAUAAUAGUUACUUCAUCACGCACAUAUACACACAUACCAAAUAUAUAUGUUUCCUCUACACAGAAAUUUUAAAAAGAUUAUAAUAAUUACAGUAUUCUUUUAUAAUAGUUUGCAUGAUUUCCUCUUCUAUACCAUAAAUUGGUACGUUCGUGUGUUUGAUAUUGAGUAUGAAGUAUAAAGUUCAUUGGUGCGUACAAAUAAUAACUAUCCUCCUUUAUUCUUUAUGUUAAAUUAUUAUUUUUUUCAUUCUAUGCUAUCCUUGUGCUUUAAACGCAAGAUACAUAUAUAUGUACUAUUUACUGUGAUUAUCAUUACUACAUAUUUUGUCCAUUAUUCUUUAUUAAUUCUCAGUAUUUAAUCAAUUUCUGUGUACAUAUAUACAUAUUAUUUAGAUACAUGGUGUAUUUUGUGCUGUACAAAAAAGUGUAAUUUAGUAGUCAGUUGUUUUAUUCUUUUCAUUCCUAUGCAAUAUAUUCAAUUUUUGUGUGCAUCCACUUAUCGAUAUUGUGUCGUACUGGGUUUUCUACAUUUUUCGUAUACAUAUGUAUAUGUGUUAUUGAUAGUAGUAUUCGUAGUAGUGGUAAUAUUUUUUAGUAUUAUAAUAAAUAAAUUCACAUAUUUUGUACCUACCGAGUUCAUUCCCAUUUUUCUUCUUACAUUAUAUUCUUGUUUGAUUAGUUAGUUUUUAAUUUGUUUUGUCGUUUUUAAAGUAUACUUUCUUUAUCCAACCAAUCUUAACAUAAGUUAGAUGUGAUCAGUAUAUUUAUUAUUUUAACAAUAACGUAGACUAGUCAGUGCUGAGGAUAACCUGUGGGUCAAACUAUGUGAUAAGGUUUACCUAAUAAAAAUGAAAAUUUUGUA